AUGAGAACCCGGCUCGUCGAGGGACCUGAACGCAGUCUCGCCGGCCCAGCCCUACGGUAUAAGAACACGGCUUGGCUCGCCGCAGGGACCGUCCGAGGAUCCCCCCCGGGCAUGGUGGGUGGGAGGAGGAGGAGGGGAAACGCGGCCCUACCCGACCCGCCGUCUCCUCCUCCGCCGCCCGCCGUUCGCCGUCCCGGAGGCUCCGCCGCCUGGGCCUCCCUAGCCGCCCUGCCCCCGCCGUCCCCGCCCCCUACUCACGUGAGGGCGCUCCUUCCGCCCUCCGCCCCGCCUCCUGUCCUGCCUCAUAGGCCCUUGGCAAAGCCGAGUCGCCCCAUUGGCCCAACGACAGGCGGCGGGGGCGUACUUCCCUUCCGCGGACCCCACCUGGGCUUUGGGCCCGCCUCCGUAUUCUGCGCCUGCGCGGAGUCUUCUCUCCGGGAGAGGGACUUGUCUCUGGCUUGA